AUGCCGCCAAAAUCAAAGAGACACCAACGUGUGUCGACGCCGACGCCGACGCGCGAGGACGCCGAGAUCGCUCGCGAAGGUUCGUUCACGAGGGAUGACGUCACGACGCUAGUGGAGUCGUUACAACGGUCGCAGACCAACGCCUUCAGGGAACUGCUGGAGAGUGUCAUCACGACCACUAGAAACCCGUCAUCAUCUGCCUCGACACCGUUUCCUGCAGAAGGAGGAAAUUUCUCGCGCUGCAAAGCCCGAUUCGCUGGAGAUCCUGAAGAGUCCAUCGAAGGUUUUAUCGACGCCAUUGAAGCAUACAAGGAUUGUGCAAACGUUUCGGAUGAUAACGCCAUCCGAGGCUUAUCAAUGCUGUUGACACAUGCAGCCGCAGAUUGGUGGCAAGGAAUUAAAGUAGAAACUAAGUCAUGGGCCGACGUUUUGGACAGUUUGCGCUAUACCUACGGAGACAAUCGAGCUCCGCCGCGCAUAUACCGCGACUUAUAUGCAACACCUCAAGGCGACGAAAACACGCAUAUUUAUGUAGCAAAGUGCCGUGUACUAUUUGCAAAAUUGCCGCGCAACGAGUUAACUGAGAAAAUCCAGUUAGACAUGGUAUACGGACUUCUACACAAGCGUAUCCGCAAGCGUAUCAAAAGAGAAGAGUGCGCAACAUUCAAAAUUCUCUUACAAAAGGCGCGCGCUGUAGAAGAAUCAUUGAACGAGAACGUGAGCAACGCCUCGCCAUCGCCAAGUCGUCUCGUCAACACAUCAAAGACACAGCCGCCGCGCGCCGCUGCCACAGCGAGCGCGAGCGCCGCGCCUCCGCUCCGCGAGCCCCGCGCUCCCCGCGAGCCCCGCGCGCCUCCGCCGCGGCGUUUCGAUGAUAACAGUGAUAACAACAGUGCCGCGUCCGCCGCGAAAUCUAAGUCGUAUAAUAAGAAGUGCGGGUAUUCACCAUCCCAGAAGGUUGAGUGCUCCAAGGAGUCUGCACCUGGAGCCCUAAAGGACCAGAAUGCUUCCGAGGACCCGGUGUUGGAUUUAUUUGACUCCUAUGAGGAUUAUGUAAACAGACAUCAGCGGCCACUUUUAGGAAUUGAAAUCCUGAAUAUGAGAGGUACUGCAUUAGUGGAUACAGCUGCAAAGAGAAGCAUGGCAAGUCAGAAGCUCUACUCACUGUUACUUGAGAAAGGUCAACAGUUCUGCGAGAAGCAAAUGAGAGUUACACUAGCGGAUGGUAUACCUCAAAUUAAAAAUGUGUUCAAAAUUACCUUGGAUGUCAAAGUGAAGGAUAGGAUAAUACCUCAAGAGUUCCUGAUCUUACCUGAAGCCCAAGAAAAUGAUACUUUACUGGGAGUUGAUUUUAUAAAAGCAUCUCGGCUCGACUUGGACUUUAACACCAAUACUUGGUGCUUUCCAGGAGGGGAUAAGUAUCCCAUACAGUAUGAAAAUGACAUACCAGUACAAUUGUCACUUGCUGCAAGCAAUACACUUCAUGCUGAAGAAGGAUCAAUGCUCAGCGAAGGUGAAAAGAUGAAAUUAGCCGAAGUGUUACAGAGGAAUAGCGCAGUCUUCAGUCUAGGGGGAGCGCCCACUCCCAUUGUGGAACAUCACAUUGACACAGGCGAUCAUGCACCUAUAUCUGUACCUCCUUACCGGCUCACACCUGCGAAGAAGGAAAUUAUGAAAGCAGAGAUUGAGAAGAUGCUCCGGGAAGGGAUAAUAGAAGAAUGUGAAUCUGCUUGGACUUCACCGGCUGUGCUUGUCCCUAAGAAGAAUAAUACUGUCAGAUUCUGUGCUGAUUACAGAAAACUGAAUAGUAUCACCAAGACAGAUAACUAUCCCUUACCUUUAAUUGAUGAACUGCUACAGUCGACCGGAAGACAGUGUUACAUAAGUACCCUAGAUCUGAGAUCCGGAUACUGGCAAGUAAGUGUGACGCCAGCUGAUCGAGAUAAGACAGCCGUGAUCACACCAUUUGGUACAUACCGUUUUCUACGCAUGCCAUUUGGGCUAAAGAACUCUCCUGCGACAUUCCAGCGGUUGAUGGAUAAGUUCAAAUCCGGUGCCAGCCUGCAAAACACUACAGUUUUAGCUUACCUGGAUGAUCUCCUGGUUAUUUCUGACAGCUUCGAGAAACACCUGCAAGACCUGCAACUUGUGUUCGAACGGCUGCAUCAGUUUGGCUUAAGAGCAAACCGAGAAAAAUGUGUUUUUGCUUGCAAAGAGGUCAAGUACCUUGGUCACCUCAUCACGUCAGACGGUAUAAAGCCAGACAAUGGGAAAGUUGAAGCUAUCUUAGCUAUGAAAGAGCCAACUAAUCUCAAACAUCUCCGGACAUUUCUUCAAACCUGUGCUUGGUUUAGAAAGUUUGUUCCAAAUUUCUCAGCGGUAGCUCAACCGCUUACCAAGCUAACCAAGAAAAAUGAACCAUGGAAAUGGCAAGAUGAGCAACAACAGGCCUUUACAGAGCUCAAAACCAGACUUCAGAACUUCUGCUCCGAUAUUGGAAUGCGAAAGUACAUCACGGAAUAUCUAAAACAAUGCGAAGAAUGCCAACGUUAUAAGAUAAGUAACCAGAAGCCAAUGGGACUAUUACAGACCCCAGUGCUUAAUCAAAGAGGAGAGGUGCUAGCUAUAGACCUCUUUGGCCCUCUACCUGAAGGAGAUGAUGGAGAGAAAUGGGUGCUGCUCAUCGAGGACACGGCUACACGCUGGGUAGAGCUGAUAGCCCUCAAGGACGCCACGGCAGAAGUCAAGAUAUUCAAUCGGUGCCUGUUCAGCCACGGCGACUACGUGGUCGCCCUCGUAAUCUAG